UUUUCAAGCCAGCGAAGAAGAAGAAAUAAUCGCCGUAAUAAACACGGUUUUCCUUGUAUUUCAAGGAUUUAGAUCAUUACAGUUAAAAUACUGUAAACAUGUAAGCUGUAGCAGGCCAAAAAUCCCGCUCACGAAAUGAAUAGUCACUUCGGGAUUUCUUCAAAUUGAUAGUGUAGCUUACGAUCGUUCAAAUCUCAUCACAAGAGAUUAGAUCUGCACAAUGAAUUUUUAUCAACAUGCUGGACGAAUACUAGAUAAGUUAUCUCGCCACGAAGGUACCAUCAAAGGUCUCGUUAUUGGCGAUCCCAAAGUUAAAGAUAAGAAAAAGAUGUAUGCUCUUGUUUGCGAAACGCUCAAAUAUAAACAAGUGCUGAAUGAAAUUAUUGAUGCGUCUAAGAUUUGUGUGAUCGAAAAGAAGUUAAAGAGAUCUCUAGCCAUGGUAUUAAUUCAUGACUUGUUAUUCACAAAGAGAGGUAUCACUGUUCGAAACGAUGUACCUCUGAAACAGUGCGUCAUCCGCCAUCAAACAAGGUUGAAGUCAGAAUUGACAAAAAUUAAGGUUAAAAGAGGAGUAUCUUCGAAUGAAGAUUUGGUCAGCCAGAAGGUUAAAGAUGCUAUUCUUAUACCUAGAUAUGCUCGAGUUAACGAACAUAAAACGACCGUAGAAAAAGCUGUUGAGUCUUUCCAAAAGGAGGGAUACUUGUUGGUAGAGUAUCCCGAAGAUCUGCGUAAUUUAAAAACAAACGAAUUUUGCCUUGAUCGACAUUUACGCGAUAUGCUCGUCUUUCAUCCAAGAACGGAUUUCCAUGCUCAUGCUCUCUAUUUAUCAGGUGAUAUUAUUUUGCAGGACAAAGCAUCAUGUUUCCCUGCUCAUGUGUGUCAAGUACCUGAAGGAGCCCAUGCUAUUGAUGCAUGUGCAGCUCCUGGAAAUAAGACCUCUCACUUAUCAGCAUUGAUGAGAAAUACAGGCAAAAUUUGGGCCUUCGAUCUUGAUUCCCGUCGUUUGAAUUUGCUUAAAAGACUUACGAAUAAAGCCGGUUGUAAAAAUAUAAUGCCUAUACAUGGGUCUUUUCUCGAUACUGAUCCUAAUGAUGCAAAGUUUGCACAGGUCGAGUAUUUGAUGCUGGAUCCAUCAUGCUCUGGAUCAGGUAUUAUUAGCAGAUUAGAUCAUCUUGUUGACGAUGAAGGAUCUACAGAAAAUGACAGCUCAAAUAGUAAUAACAGUAAUGAUCAGACCCGACAGGAGCGGUUAAAGAAUUUAUCAGAUUUCCAGAUAUCAAUUAUAGAGCAUGCUAUGAAGUUUCCCAAUGCCAAAAGGAUAGUAUAUUCCACAUGCUCUAUUCACACAGAAGAAAAUGAACACGUUGUGAAUACAAUACUGAAAAACAAUCCUAAUUUUGAGUUAGCACCGUACGAUAGCAUAUUACCGACAUGGUCAAGAAGAGGUCUAGUAGAGGAGUUUGGAGGAAACCAAGACUUGGCAAAACGAGUGGUUCGUACCUCUCCAGCAGAAGAUCUUACAAACGGGUUUUUUGUUUCUUGUUUUGUACGAAAGUCAGACAAUAUUACCGCUGGUUCAAAGAGAUCAGCUGAAGAGCAAGGUACAGCCAUACAGUAUUCAAAGAAAACACCAACGAAGAAGAAGAGAAGACAAGCCAAGGAAUCAAAAGUGCCUUUAACAAAGUUGUAAACACCGUGCUAAUACUGUAAAGUCUGCUCACCCGUAAAUCAGAAAUCAGAAAUCAGAAAUCAGAGAUCAGCCAUCAUUUUUUUAUAUUUCUUCGACAGUUUUCCGCAAUUACUCUGCAAUUUAAGUCGUUAUUAUUUGAGCAUAUCAAUACAUUGAUUAUCAAAUUCUGUUUUUUAAAUCUUGUGCAACAAAGAAUAAUUUUAUGAUAUGACAGCCUUGAAUCGAAAGGUUUUAAACGAGUCGAGUAUGUAAUAAUUCGAUUAUAAGAGUCCUUCUAUUCAUAUCAAUGUCAUUAAGUCGAAAUGUCUAACACAAUUGACAAAAAAGGAUUUCGAGAAAGAUGUCUGAAAACAUGCAGUAACU